AAACAAAACAAAAAGACUCCACCAUGUGUACAUGUAAGUGUCAACGACAAGUCUACAUAAAGGCUAAUAGGUCAACAAGACCACACAACAUUUCUUACUAUUAGUUUGCAAAGGCUGUUCGUUGGGCAUUUCCUCGUCUUCAUCUCUCUCUCCUCUCUUCUUUUUCUCUAUAUAAUUCUCAUCUCUCACAUUUUUCUUUUAUUGCAUUCUCCAACUAAACCUCGAAUUCCAUUUACCUUACCUCUAUUUUCUUCUUCUUCUUACUAUCUUCAAUAGCAAUGGAUAACACCGACCGUCGUCGCCGUCGUAAGCAACAGAUAGUCACUCUCCAUGACUCUGAAGAAGUGAGCAGUAUCGAAUGGGAGUUUAUCAACAUGACAGAACAAGAAGAAGAUCUCAUCUGUCGAAUGUAUAGACUUGUAGGUGACAGGUGGGAUUUAAUAGCAGGAAGAGUGCCAGGAAGACAACCAGAAGAAAUAGAGAGAUAUUGGAUAAUGAGAAAUAGUGAUGGCUUUGCUGAGAAACGACGCCAACUUCAUCACUCCUCUCACAAAAAUACCAAACCUUACCGUCCACGUUUUUCAGUUUAUCCUUCUUAGUUUUUAGUCAUUAUAUUUAUUCUGUUUUCUGCCCACAGCCACAAAAAAAAAAAUUGAUAGAUGAGUUGUAGUAUUAUUAAGGGUAACGUUUAAAAAUAUUAGCGUAACGAAAUUAUUAUGUUUGUAUGUCUUUUUGUUGUGCUUUAUGUUUUAAUAAUAUAGGUUCCAAUUCGUAUUUA